UCCGCCUUGGUGUCUGUGCUAACCGCCGGCUGUUGACCGUUUGAAGCGCCGCUUAUGGCUCCAGUAUCUCGGCCCCGUUAUUCCGACGACACCUUGGACUCCCGAAAACCACCAGGGAGCUCUUCGGGGAGCCCACCAUCCACUCAGUCCAGACGCUCCCCCUGGUAUGGCCGUUCACGCUCUCACUCCCGCGGCCGUGAGGGCCUCAAGCCUCCGUGGAGUGAGUCGAGCGUAGGCGCUUCCUACUCCCUCAGCCGCUCAGAGUCUCGAGAGCCGCCCCCAGAGGCCCGCAACUCUAACUCCUCUGCUCUCUGCUAUGGCGAAUACCGCUACCAUCACCACCACGGUCCGGGCAACCGGCAGUGGGCCGAAGACUAUGAGAAGGAGAAGGAGGAGAGCUACCGCCAGAGGAGGCUGAAGGAGAGGGAGAGGAUUGGAGAAUUGGGAGCGCCUGAGGUGUGGGGGUUGUCUCCAAAGUUUCCUGAGCCAGAUUCUGAUGAACAUACCCCAGUUGAGGGUGAAGUGGUAAAGAAUGAGAAAAGCAGUUCAGAUUCUAGCUCUGAAGAAAAAAAGAAAAAGAAGAUCAGCCGUUUAAAAAACAAGAAGAAAAGAAAAAGUAAGUCAUCUAAGAGAAAACAUAGGAAGUAUUCUGAAAAUAGUGACAGUGAUUCAGACUCUGACACGAAUUCUAGCUCUGAAGAUGAUAAAAAGAGAGUAAAAAAAGCCAAGAAGAAAGAGAAGAAAAAGAAACGCAAAGCAAAAAAACCCAAGAAAAAGAAGAAUAAAAAGACUAAAAAAGAAUCCAGUGAUUCAGAAGACGAGUUGCCAGAAGAUACCUGGAUUGAGCAAUCAAAAACUGCAGAUACCAUGAAAUUAAUAGGUCCAGAAGCACCUAUAAUACAUACCUCUCAAGAUGAGAAACCUUUGAACUAUGGCCAUGCUCUGCUCCCAGGUGAAGGUGCAGCUAUGGCUGAGUAUGUAAAGGCUGGAAAACGUAUCCCACGGAGAGGUGAAAUUGGAUUGACAAGUGAAGAGAUCGCUGCAUUUGAAAGCUCAGGUUAUGUCAUGAGUGGCAGCAGGCAUCGCAGAAUGGAGGCUGUGAGGCUGCGUAAGGAGAACCAGAUCUAUAGUGCCGAUGAGAAGCGAGCUCUUGCGUCCUUCAACCAAGAAGAGAGACGAAAGAGAGAAAACAAGAUUUUAGCCAGCUUUCGAGAGAUGGUGUACCGAAAGACAAAAGGGAAAGAUGACAAGUAAGGACUUGUAUUUUGCAUAGCAGGACUUUUAACAACAAAAGUCUUAUAUGAACAAAAGUAGAAAAAUAUUUUCCAGUGCUGCUGUACUUGUAAUGUUAGUAAUUCCCUCGGGAAAAAGCUGCAUUUUUAAAUACCUUUAGCAAUUUAUUGUUUCUUGUUUUUAACUUAAGAAAAUGUGUGUACAUGGUUUUAAAAACAUUCAAACAUUGCAGGAGGAGAGUUAAUAGGUGAUUCUUUCACCCCGGUUUCUGACUUCUCUCCCCAAAGAAAUCUCUUUUGUGCCUUCUACAUCUGUCUAUAAGUUCUGUGUAUAUACAAAGGUAUAUGUUGAAGGAUAAAGGUUAGAGCUAUUAUUAAAGUUUUUUUCUCCUUCUUGCUUUGACCUUUUCUCUCUCUUGGAGGGCUUCAUUGCCUUACUUAGAAGCUAUUCAUUUGCCCCAGGGAGGACCAAAACAACCCCAGAAAGAACAAAGGAUUCAAUUGCAUUUAUCCUCUGAACGCAGUUAGCAGACUGGGUUAGAAAAUGGUGGUGGGUGGGGCAUGGUGGCUCACUCUUGUAAUUUCAGCAUUCUGAGAGGCUGGGGUAGGAGGAUUGCUUGAGCUCAGGAGUUUGAGACCAGGAUCCUGAGCCAGAGCAAGACCCUGUCUCUACUAAAAAUAGAAAAAAAAAGUUAGGCAUGGUAGUGCUUGCCUGUAGUCCUAGCUACUUGGGAGGCUGAAGCAGGGGGAUUGCUUGAGCUCAAGAGUUUGAGGUUGUUGUAAGCUAUGAUGAUCCCACGAGACUUUAGCCUGGGCUACCGAGUCAGUUCCGAAAAAAAGGUGGGGGGGGGGGGAUACUAGCUCUUAUAACUUAAAAGUCUAGAUAGAAGAUGGGUUUUCUCCAUGACUUUCAUCAACUUUUUAUUUUUUGGAGACAGAGUCUCAUUCUGUCACCCUGGGUAAAGUGCUCAUAGUAGCCUCAAACUCUUGGGUUCAAGUGAUCCUCUAGCCCCAAACACCCAGUUAGUUUUGUUUUUUGAUUUUUUUUUUUUUGUUUUUAGCAGAGACAGGAUCUCACUGUUGCUCAGGCUGGUCUCAAAUUCCUGAGCUCAGGCAAUUUACCUGCCUCUGUUUCCCAAAGUGCUAGGAUUAUAGAUGGGGGACACUGCGCCCAGCUACAGUUGGUAAAUAUUAUGAAACACUAUAUAUUUUUUCAUGGGUGAUUAUUUUGUGACCUUAAUCAGUUAUAUAAAAUAGUAUCUCAUGAAACGAGGAUUACUUGAGGCCAGGAGUUCAAUACCAGCCUGGAAAACAUAGUGAAAACCCUGUCUCUAAAAAAAUUAAAAUUAGCCAGGUUUGGUGGCAGACACCUGUAGUCCCAGCUGUUUGGGUAGCUGAGGCAGGAAACUCAUUCAUGCCCAGAAGUUGGAGGCUGCACUGAGCUAUGAUCAUACCACUGCACUGGUGCUCUCUACCCCGGGAUGACAGAGUGAACUGUGUCUCAAGAAAACAAAACAAAAAAACCCCACACACAUCUUGAAGUUCUAAAAAUUUCUUUUUUUAGCUACUUUAAUGAGAGUUUUGAUUGUCCUGGGCUAUCCAGUGCCAUGCCCAUAAUUUCAUGCCCAUAAAGUCCUUGAUAAUAGGACUGACAGAUCUAAGAAACUAGCCAUGGUAGAGUGUUUUAGAGAGGGAGCAUAUCAAAUUUUAUUUAUGUUUAUGCUUUAGAAGAUUUUGGGGGAAAAAAAUCUCUUUUGUAGAGAGGAAAAUAUUAAAUUAGAUAUACAAAUUUUCUUUUUAAGAAAGGUAUUAACUUCUAAUUAGUGAAAUAUUUAUAUUGACUGGAUUUGUUAGCCUAAUGAAAAGCAUUAAAUAUAUUUAAUUUUCACUUUUAAAAGAUAUUUUCUAACAUCCAAGGAGAAAAGAUAACUCAUAACGAAACUAGUUUUUUCUCUUCUGUUAUGAUAGUUUCAAUGCUCAAAACACUAAAUAAACCAUAU